AGGGACUCGUUUGUACCACGUGACCCAACACGGAAGUCAUGCCUCGCGCUGUCCAUUUGCACCACAGAUGUUUAUACUUCCACUGAGUUUUGUUUAUUUCUUUUGAAUGUAAAGAGCUUCGGAUUGCCAUUGUCACUGUCAUUGUCAAGUUAAGCGAUCGCGUUGGACUGUGACCAUGACGCAAGCAGAGAAAGAGCAAGAAAACGGAAAGGAAAAAGAAAAAGAACGCGACAAAGAGAAGGAGAGGGAGCAGCGAGGAGUGAAAAGACCCAUUGCUCCACCGACCAUCCCGGAGCCCCUGCAGGAGCAAAUACAGAGCAACUUUGUAAUCGUCAUCCAUCCCGGCUCAAGGACUCUCCGCGUUGGCCGAGCGACAGACAACCUUCCGCUCACGGUCCCGCACGUGAUAGCCCGCCGACACAAGCAAAGCGGCCAGCCCAGAUACGAAGACGCCCGACUGCUCAGGGACGGCCUGAAUGUACGACGGGCGCACGUAGCCUGUAAAGAUCUGAUUUGUUGUUCUCAUCGACCUCACUGCAUCCUUCCUCAUGCUCCGUGCCAGAAACCUGAGAGUAACGAACAGCGGCAGAACGGGCUUAAAAUGGUGGAUCAGGCCAUUUGGUCCAAGAAGAUGUCCAAUGGAGUGAGGAGGACGCCGGUGUCUGCUGAGCAGGCAAGAGCAUACAACUGUCAGAUCCGCCCAGCCGUGCUCGACGGCAGCUCCAGGGUGAAGUGGACCAACACGGCUCACCAUCCCCCUCAUUUGAUCGGAGAUGAGGCGCUGUAUGUGAAACCAACAGACUGUUACGACAUCCACUGGCCCAUAGUUCGAGGUCAACUCAACGUGCACGCCGGGCCCGGAGGCUCGCUGACUGCUGUCCUGGCCGACCUCGAGACCAUCUGGAGUCACGUUAUUCAAAAGAACUUGGAGAUUCCCCUCAAAGACCUAAAGUAUUACAGAUGCAUCCUCUUGGUGCCUGACAUUUACAACAGGCAGCAUGCCAAGGAACUGGUCUCCAUGCUGCUGCUUAAUAUGGGCUUUUCAGGUAUUCCACUCGUGAUGCUUUCAGCUCAGGCUCUGCUUUACAAAGGCCAAAAAGGCAAAAAACAGAGUUUUCUGCCAUUUGUGUGUACAGCAAUUAUAGUGCACCAGGAGUCUGUGUGUGCCACAUUUGGCAGUGGGUUGAGCAGCGCUUGCGUUGUAGACGUUGGAGACCAGAAGACCAGUCUGUGCUGCGUAGAGGACGGAGUUUCUCAUCGGAACUCCAGGUUGUCUUUGGCAUACGGGGGUGCAGACGUGACCCGCAUUUUAUUCUGGCUCCUGCAGAGGGCAGGAUUUCCCUACAGAGACUGCCAGUUGUCCAACAGAUUGGACUGUCAGCUUCUACAACAUAUAAAGGAGACACUAUGUCAUCUGGACCAGGACAUAUCUGGACUCCAAGAUCAUGAAUUCCAAACACGUUUCCCGGAUUCCCCGGCCUUUCUCUUCCAGGUUCGCUUAGGGGAUGAGAAGUUACAGGCCCCCAUGGGACUGUUCUACCCCAGCACGUUUGGUAUCGUCGGUCAGAAGAUGACGUCGCUGCAAUACCGUUCCCAAGGUGACGCCGAGGACCCUCACGAUGAACUCUAUUUACUGGCCACGCACAGCAAACAAGACCAGUCCUCAAAGUCCGCUUCAGAGCGCAAGGCGGUCUCAAGACCCGGCGGAGCUUUGGACGGCGACGUGAGUGGUCAAGGGGGUAUUGGGGAACUCUCAGAACUACCCAGGGGGAGCGGCGGUAGCGGAGCAAUGCAGGGGGAGACGGACAUCGGGCCUGCCCAAGGGGAGUGCCUGAUGGGAGUGGGGGAGGCGGAGGAGCCCCUCUCCAGGAAGACUGCCAUCCUAAACCAGUUUGAGGGCAAAGCGCUGGGCUUGGAUAAGGCCAUCCUGCAUAGCAUUGACUGCUGCGGUAAAAAAGAGAAACACAAAAUGGACCAAGUAUUCAUGCAAAAGGUUAGUAGAAGUCAAGUGUUCUCUCGUUGUCUUUUGAAAGCCUCGGAUGAGACCAAGCGAAAGAUGUACAGCUCCAUCCUGGUGGUGGGAGGAGGCCUCAUGUUUCAUGGUGCUCAGGAGUUCCUGCUUCAUCGCAUCAUCAACAAGAUGCCGCCCUCCUUCAGAAGGCUUGUGGACAACGUGGAAGUCAUCACAAGGCCCAAGGACAUGGACCCCCGACUAAUAUCGUGGAAGGGGGGAGCGGUGCUGGCCUGUCUGGACACAACACAAGAAAUGUGGAUCCACCAGAGAGAGUGGCAGCGCUUUGGCGUUCGAAUGUUACGUGAGCGAGCUGCGUUCGUUUGGUGAAACCGCACAGGCCGAGAAAAACAAGACUUUUAGUAAAAAUGGGCAGAGCAACCCAACCUGCAAAGUUUCAGGGUAGAGCAUUUUUACACAUCUGCUAUAUUUGUAUCAUUGUAAAUGGAAAGAGUGAUGCCAUUAAAGGUUGGGUACUUGUGGCAUAAUUUCAAGUUACCUCGAGUCCAUUAUAGAUUGUCAAUUCUAAAUCUCACUUCACACUACCCAAAAACAUUUUGCAAUUGUAGAAAUAUGGACAUAAUUGUAACUAAAUUCUUAGUUACAUUUAUUUAUAACCCGCUUUCGUCCUAUAGUGGCUGCAAAGUUCAUUUACUCAACUGCUUUGUUAUUUCUUUCACAAAUUAGAAAUCAAAUAAUGACAUUAAAAUAACCUGUCACUUGAAUACAUCA